AAAAAAAAAAAUCCCCUUUCCACAACACCAAAUUGUACUAUUAACAUCCAAAAAAAAGAAAAAGAAAAUAGGUAGCUAUGGCAACUACUACUUCACAUGCCACAAAUACAUGGAUUAAGACUAAGUUGUCAAUGCCAUCAUCAAAGGAGUUUGGUUUUGCAUCAAACUCUAUUUCUCUACUCAAAAAUCAACAUAAUAGGCAAAGUCUCAACAUUAAUUCCUCUCUUCAAGCUCCACCUAUACUUCAUUUUCCUAAACAAUCUUCAAAUUAUCAAACACCAAAGAAUAAUACAAUUUCACACCCAAAACAAGAAAACAACAACUCCUCUUCUUCUUCAACUUCCAAGUGGAAUUUAGUGCAGAAAGCAGCAGCAAUGGCUUUAGAUGCUGUAGAAAGUGCUUUAACUAAACAUGAACUUGAACACCCUUUGCCGAAAACAGCCGACCCACGAGUCCAGAUUUCUGGGAAUUUUGCUCCGGUACCGGAAAAUCCAGUCUGUCAAUCUCUUCCGGUCACCGGAAAAAUACCCAAAUGUGUUCAAGGCGUUUACGUUCGAAACGGAGCUAACCCUCUUUUUGAACCAACCGCCGGACACCAUUUCUUCGACGGCGACGGUAUGGUUCACGCCGUUCAAUUCAAAAAUGGGUCGGCUAGUUACGCUUGCCGUUUCACUGAAACAGAGAGGCUUGUUCAAGAAAAAGCUUUGGGUCGCCCUGUUUUCCCUAAAGCCAUUGGUGAAUUACAUGGUCACUCUGGAAUUGCAAGGCUUAUGCUGUUUUACGCUCGUGGGCUCUUCGGACUUGUUGAUCACAGUAAAGGAACUGGUGUUGCAAACGCCGGUUUAGUCUAUUUCAAUAACCGAUUACUUGCUAUGUCUGAAGAUGAUUUGCCUUACCAUGUAAAGGUAACACCCACCGGCGAUCUUAAAACAGAGGGUCGAUUCGAUUUCGACGGCCAGCUAAAAUCCACCAUGAUAGCUCACCCAAAGCUCGACCCAGUUUCCGGUGAGCUAUUUGCUCUUAGCUACGAUGUGAUUCAGAAGCCAUACCUCAAGUACUUCAGAUUUUCAAAAAAUGGGGAAAAAUCAAAUGAUGUUGAAAUUCCAGUUGAAGACCCAACAAUGAUGCAUGAUUUCGCAAUUACUGAGAACUUCGUCGUCAUUCCUGAUCAACAAGUCGUUUUCAAGAUGUCUGAAAUGAUCCGUGGAGGUUCACCGGUGGUUUACGACAAGAACAAAGUUUCCCGAUUUGGUAUUCUGGAUAAGUACGCGAAAGAUGGGUCUGAUUUGAAAUGGGUUGAAGUACCUGAUUGUUUCUGUUUCCACCUCUGGAAUGCUUGGGAAGAAGCAGAAACAGAUGAAAUCGUUGUAAUUGGUUCAUGUAUGACACCACCAGACUCCAUUUUCAAUGAAUGUGAUGAAGGGCUAAAGAGUGUUUUAUCCGAAAUCCGUCUCAAUUUGAAAACAGGGAAAUCAACAAGAAAAUCCAUAAUCGAAAACCCGGAUGAACAAGUGAAUUUAGAAGCUGGAAUGGUGAACCGAAACAAACUCGGAAGGAAAACAGAGUAUGCUUAUUUGGCUAUCGCUGAACCAUGGCCAAAAGUUUCUGGUUUUGCAAAAGUAAACCUGUUCACCGGUGAAGUUGAGAAAUUCAUUUAUGGUGACAACAAAUAUGGUGGGGAACCUCUUUUUUUACCAAGAGACCCCAACAGCAAGGAAGAAGACGAUGGUUAUAUUUUAGCUUUCGUUCACGAUGAGAAAGAAUGGAAAUCAGAACUGCAAAUUGUUAACGCAAUGAGUUUGAAGUUGGAGGCAACUGUGAAGCUUCCAUCAAGAGUUCCUUAUGGAUUUCAUGGAACAUUCAUAAACGCCAAUGAUUUGGCAAAUCAGGCAUGAUUGUGACUAUUACUGAGGAAAAUUUACCAGAGGGAUGGUUUAGAAUAUACGUCCCCGGAAUAUUCCUCUUUAAUGGAGUUCGUUUCUUUGAUUAUUUCUACAUCUUUUUUCUUUGUUUAUAUAGUGUGAGAGAUUCUCAGAGAACCAGUUAGUAGCUUGGAUGUAGUUAGAAAAUGGGAGCUCAGCUGGUUUUUUUCUGGUGAUUCUUUCACAUUUGAUUGUGCAUGAGAGAGUAUAUAUACCUUAUUAUAGGAAUACAAUACAAUGUUCC